ACGAUAAAGAUAGCCCAACUCGAUAAAGUGACCGUAAUCGGGCGAUGUCCAGCUACUGGGCGUAUCGGGUGUGAAUCAAACACGGUAGCAGCAAGUGCAUUACCGGUGGUCAGCCAGAAAUGAGUUCGCGGUCAUAGUUGUGGCUGGUACUGGCCCCAAAAUAACCUUCACUCCGCACAGCCGCACUGGUUAGUAGCGUGCCGAUCACCAAGCGAACGGUACGUAGCUCUCAAGCAGCUCAACACUCUUAGUGUCACUCCAGAGAUUUGGGAACGAUCGGCGGAGUAUUUACAGCAGAAGAGUGAGCGAGCAGAAGUUGAGUGGUGGUUUCAAUAACUCGAAUUUUCGAAUUUUAAGAAAACCAUCGCCAAAGCUUUCUCUCCGGUUGGUGUGAGCAGUAGUUACAGUGUCGGUGUGUUCUAAUAAAGUUAGUGGAUUAAGGAUUAUCAAUGGUAUAGAUUUGUGUAGUGUUUCUGAGUGUAUCGGUGAAUGUGCGCCAGGAAAUUAAAAAGUGAAGUGACGGCCUGUGGACCGGAAGCAGUAACGUGAGAACGGUUGAGUCAAAUCAUCUUACACCUCACUAGCUUCGUGCAAGUCCAAGUUAUAGCAGCGAAUGAGUUCGUACUACGCCGUGGAGUAAUAUAAUUCCGAGUUCCACAAAAUGACACCAGUGCUCUCCCGUCUGCGGACGGUCAGUGUGUUUGUAUUUUUAAUUCCGGCGACUCUGGGCAUGGUGGUGAUAGAAAGUAAUAUCUACACCAGCGAUGAAGCAAUUACAGCAACUGCUGGGGCGCGAAUGGAUGAGGCGACCACGAUACUGUCCGCCGCCUUCCAAAACGAAACAACGGUAGCACCGAUACACUUGACGCUAGACGAAAGAAUAGAGCUGGAAAAGCUCACCUGGCACUGGUACCCGUGGCGACGGAUCAACUACGAGGUGAUGCCAGAUGGUCGUAAUGUGGAGAAGGAAUGUGAUGAAGGAAACUCUGCCCUCGAUGAUUUGCCCGAUGAUAUUUUCACACAGGAACAACGGUUACAGGGAGCGAUUGUGCUACACUUUGUCGGUGCCAUCUAUUUCUUCACUAUUGUUGCUUAUGUGUGCAGCGAGUACUUUCUGCCAUCGGUGGAGUGUAUCUGCGAGGAUCUGCAUCUCACACAGGACGUAGCAGCGGCCACAUUCAUGGCUGUCGCUUCAACGAUGCCCGAAUUUUUCACCAACACAAUCAGUACCUUCAUCGCAGACUCCGACAUGGGCUUGGGAACAGUUAUGGGUUCUCUGCUGUUCAAUACGCUUGGUGUAGCGGGAUUGGCUGGUUUGGCCACGAAAGCGCCGGUUCAGCUCGACUGGUGGCCACUGACACGUGAUGCGGUCGUUUUCUCUGCCCACGUGGCACUGCUCAUCGGGUUCGCCUGGGAUGGACGAAUCUACUGGUACGAGGCGAUGGUGUUCUUCAUCCUGUUCUUCGUGUACUUCGUGCUAAUGUUCCAGAACAAGCGGCUUAUGAAGAUAGCCAAGAAGUACAUCGAAGUGAAGUGGAAUAUGUGCGCCCGGGUGAUUCGUAACAUAGAAGAGGAAGAACGGAUUGCGAACGAGGCGCAGAUACAGCAAAACAUUGCCACCAUACCGAACCUUGCGCGAAAAACACUGGAAAAGCCUGCCUUCCGGCCAUCGACUGCUUCCAUUCUGUCCGAGCAAAUGGCAGAAACCAGGAUGAAGAUGGGCGAACUACAGAUUCCCUCUCGGCACGUGGUGGAAGAUCCCGGUGACUACGACGACAUGACGUUGUGGAAAAUCUCGACUGAAACGUGGUACCGAGCGGUCUGGUGGUGGUACAGCUGGCCGAUGCGGUUCAUCACCAAGUUUACCAUUCCGCAGCCAGCGAAAUAUCGUCGCUGGUACCCGUUGACAUUCAUCAUGUGCAUCGUCUAUCUGGCCGGGUGCGCUUUCAUGACGUUCUGGUUGCUGUCCAUCAUCGGUUACACCUUCGACAUUCCGGAAUCGGUAAUGGGACUGACGUUCCUGGCGUUUGGAGGCUGCAUGCCGGAAGCCGUGUCCGCCGUGCUGGUCAUCCGGUCUGGCAGUGGAGCCAUGGGCGUUUCCAACGCAAUGGGUGCCAACUCGCUAGCGAUUCUGUUCUCGCUCGGGUUACCGUGGUUCAUUCGAACGCUAUCCGAUGGUGGCAGUGGUACUAAUGCGUAUCUGGUGAUCGCUUCCUAUGGAUUGCAGUACUCGAUCAUAGUACUGCUCGGUACCGUCAUCUUCCUGUACGUGGUGAUCUACGUUGCGUUGUACAAGCUACGCAAGACUGUCGGCCUGGUCCUGUUCCUUGGCUAUGGAAUCGCCGUUGCCUUUAUGAUAUUGAACGAGCUGGACGUGAUCAUACCGUCGGGAGACAAAUGCUGAACUAGCGAGCCGGCAUCGGCCACAUGACAGAAUAUACUCCAAGCAGAUUCUCCAUCAAGCGACAUCAGUUCCAGUAUGCCCCAUACGUUCACAGGAUGCAUCGGGUGCAUCGAUCGUUUAGUGAUCACUAAGUUAGUGUAGAGUGCCUACUGUAGCAUUUUUGAGAUUUUCGGCCUUUGCUACUGCGCCAUAGCAACGUGCUGGUUACGUUGAUCCCUUUUCCUGGUCUGGUGGUUAGUACUGUUGUAGCUAGUAAUUAUUUGUUGCGGUAGUAAACUGUAAAACAACUUGCACCAAAACAAACGACCGGCUAGUAAUUCAUACAUCCUUUGUUCUAAUUUUCUAUCCUUUGCGUGUUAAAACUCAGUGAUCAAAAAAUCAAGUGUUAUAUAAACGUUUGACCAGAAUAUACUCUACACGGGUGUAACAAGGA